AUGGAAGGUCCCAAAGCCACUGAAUCACAGAAGGGGCAGGAGCAACAAGAAUGCAUCGCUGCUUCCAGUCCAUAUAGUCCACCGCAACUGACGCCCCAGACGGAGAAAAGUGAAGUGGCUGAUUUGAGACAAGCCUCUAGAAUAGCACAUGAUUCUGAUUGCCUUGAUUCAUUUCAAUCAAGACUUCAGCAGCUUCAGGAUACACUCGAUACUCCUAUGUCAAGAUGGACCCGUGAAGCAGAUUUAAGUGAAGACAUUGAUCACCACUAUGUACCACUUGGUCGGCCUGAUUCCUUAGCGGAGGGGACUGUCCCUGAAAAUAAAUCUGAGAGAAAGGGGAACGCUUUUCAAGGCGCAUCCUCAAUCACUGAACCAAUUUUCGACGACCAAGCGGCCUCUCCAGAAACGCCAGUUGGGAAGCACGAGCAUCCCGUAAUAACAACGACGACAGCCCCAGCCGCGGGUACCUCUACCAUAAAUAUCUCGUCAGUCGUGGUUCACUGUCUCAAGGAUUUGAGUCGGCUUGUUUCCGAAGACUUGUCAUCUUUCGCGUCGGAAGUCCCGCCAGCACUGUGGAAAGAUGAGCUGGGACGUUUGCGGGUUUGGGCCGCCAAUAUUGGGGCACACCAGACCGGUCAAUCGUCGCUAGAUCAUCGACUACGGGAUGCAUCGCACAUUAAAGAGCAGACACUUCGUGUCCUUCAACGUCUACAACGAACCACCAAAGAUAUCAAUGAUGUUUUACACCACUCACCCGAGGACGACGAUUUCUCGGAUCUAAGCGGGGACGAAGAUCAAGACGAUCAUCAAACAGAAAUGCAGUCCAUUUAUCAUGCUCUGCGAGACACUAUCAACAACCUGUUCCAAAUGUCAAUGGUCAUCCGACAACCAGCUCAACAUGAUCGCCUUCUUGGCACCAAAAGAUCCGAUGCCGUCUUUUAUGAGCAGUUUGACGAGCAACAUGUCUCAGCGAAAUACCCGCAAGCGGGAGAAGGUAUUUGGAAACGUCUUGGGCUGGCAAUAUCACAACGUCGAGCCGUUAUGCGGUAUCGUGAACGUCAUCGCACCAAACUCGGCCAGGGUCUUCGCCAGGUUAUUGAAGAUCAGACAGACGGGCAAUCAGCCAUAUUGUCAGAAACAGUCGCAACUGAGUUCGUGGAAGUCCCACCAGCGGCGAAAGACAACCUAGAAUUGUUAACUGUCACCUCACAAACAUCUUAUGCUCCAACUAUAUUGAACGGGACGGGAGUUACGGUUCUCCCUUCUCCCCCAAAAGACUCAGCCGAUGGAGCUCCAUUUGAAUGUCCCUAUUGUUUUGUAAUCAUCACCAUCACGAACCGGAGGGCCUGGGCUCGUCAUGUCUUUAAUGACUUGAUGCCAUAUCUGUGUAUCUUCCCUAACUGUCCGACACCUCAUCGGAUGUAUGAAAGCCGCCGGGAAUGGUUUUCUCAUUUGCAGAGCCAGCACUCCAUAUGUGAAAGCCCAGGUGUGCAUGUGGACUGUCAGCUCUGUCUAUCUUCGCUUCCAUCUGGUAAGCAGCUUGAAAGACACGUGGGUCGGCAUCUAGAAGAGCUAGCGCUAUUUGCGCUGCCGCGAUCUGAAGAAGACGACGACGAAGCUGCAAUUGCUUCUGAUGAGGAUUCUGAUGAAUCGUACGAUCCGGUCAAUGAGGGGCGAUGUCCCCAAUGUGAUUUGGUCUUCCCCGACCUACGAGCUCACGCCAUGACGCACAACCAAACCGAGCGGCCAGAAAAGUGCCCGGUCGUAAAGUGCGACUAUCACACCAAGGGAUUCGCUCGCAAAUAUGAUAUGAAUCGCCACGCGCUAACCCACUACAAGGGCGUCAUGGUAUGUCACUUCUGUCCAGGCGCUGGGGCAUCAGAAGAAAAGAGCUUCAAUCGAGUCGAUGUGUUCAAACGUCACCUUGUCGCCGUCCAUGGGGCGAAGCAGCUUCAACCAAACCAGCUUCAUCAAGAUCUGAAUUCCUCCAUGGAGAUAAGUAUGAACUACACCAGCGGUUCCAAUGGAAAUUGCUCUGUCUGCAAUAAAACCUACAGGGAUGCCCAGGGCUUCUUCGGGCACCUUGACAACUGUGUAAUGCUCAAGGUGAUACAAGGAUCCUCUGAGCCUGUCAAUCACACGCGCCUCCCUGAGGUGAUUGAUGAUGAAGGAAUGGUUGAUCAUGACCCCCAGAGCAGCCCACCGAUGUCUCGUGUGCAAUUGAAUAAUCACCAGGGAGAUCGCGUAUUAAUGUCAUAUCUCGCGCCCAAUUCGUGA